AUGGGGAAGCACGAUCACCACCACCACCACCACCACCACGAUGUGGAGGCGUGCUACCCGCCCGACGGGUACAUGAUCGAGAGCCCGGAGCUGCGCUGGGCCUUCAUCCGCAAGGUGUACGUCAUCGUCUCCAUCCAGAUGCUCGUCACCGUGGCCGUCGCCGCCGCCAUGAACCUCACCGACUGCGUCCGCAACUUCUUCCUCUCCCGCACCCCCGCCGCCCUCGUCGCCUUCAUCCUCAUCCUCAUCUCCCCCCUCCUCGUGAUGCUGCCCAUGGUCUACUUCCGGCAGAAGCACCCGGUGAACCUGGUGUUUCUGGGCAUCUUCACCGUGUGCGUCAGCCUGUCGGUGGGGCUGGGGUGCCUCACCAAGCGCGGGCCCAUCAUCUUCGAGGCGGCGGGGAUGACGCUCGUCGUCGUGGUCUCGCUCACCGCCUACACCUUCUGGGCGGCCAGGCGCGGCCACGACUUCGAGUUCCUGGGGCCCUUCCUCUUCGCCGCCUGCGUCAUCCUCAUGCUCUACGCCAUCGUCAUCAUCCUCUUCCCCAUGGGCAAGACGGCCGUGCUCGUCUAUGGCUGCAUCGCCGCGCUCAUCUUCUCCGCCUUCAUCAUCUACGACACCGACAACCUCAUCAAGCGCUACACCUACGACGAGUACGUCGCCGCCUCCAUCACCCUCUACCUCGACAUCAUCAACCUCUUCAGGGCCAUCCUCAUGGCCCUCGAUGCCGCCGACUGA